AUGGUCGUUUUAGAUAAAAAAUUAUUGGGAAGGUUAACUUCUCGCACGGUUCCAUUAGAGGAGUUAGAAGAUAUGGAAAAACGUUGCUUGUUGUCUACUUUCACAUGUCAAGAUGCCUUCGAUCUAGGAAAUUACGUGAGAAACGCGGUCAAGGAGAACUUUCCAGAGAAAGCGGUUGCAAUUGAUAUCUCCUUACCAAAUGGACAUUGCUUAUUUCGUACAGUAACGUACGGCGGUAGUGCGUUGGAUAAUGAUUUUUGGAUCCAAAGGAAGAGAAAGACAGCGAUUCGAUUCGGACAUUCGAGCUUCUACAUGGGUUGCAAAAAAGGAGACAAACUACCUGAAGAAAAAUUCUUCUUAGAUUCAAAGGAAUAUGCUUUUCAUGGUGGUGCUGUCUUAAUUCAAUCCGAAAAAAGUGACUACCCAUAUGCUUGCUUAACUAUAAGCGGAUUGAAACAGGAAGAAGACCACUUGAUGGCGGUCACUUCUUUAAUCGCUUUCUCCAAUGAAAGCCUAGAAGAAGACUUGAAUUUGGAUUAA